AUGGCACCUCUCAAGCUCAGCAACCACAACCUCGCACAGAUUGCGACUGCGGGCGCGUCUCAGGUCAAGGUUCCGAACUACGCGCGCGGUGGCGCUGUGAAGGAGGGAAUCGUUCACAUCGGUGUCGGUGGCUUCCACCGUGCCCAUUUGGCGGUCUAUGUCGACCAGUUGAUGCAAAACCAUGGGGUAACCGACUACGCCAUCUGCGGCGUGGGUCUGCAGCCCUUCGACGUCGCAAUGCGGGAUGCUCUCGACUCGCAGGAUGGGCUCUACACCGUCAUCGAGCGCUCGGCCAAGGGAAGCUUUGCCAACGUCAUCGGCAGCAUCAAUUCCUAUCUUUUCGCCCCGGAUGACCGCGAGGCCGUCAUUGCCAAGAUGGCGCACCCGGACACCCAUAUUGUGUCUCUCACCAUCACUGAGAGCGGCUACUUCUACAACGAGAAUACCCACGAGCUUCAGAGCGAGCACCCCGAUAUUCAACACGACCUCGACCCGGCCAACGAGAACAACCCCCACACCACCUUCGGAUUUCUCUAUGCUGCCCUCGCCCGCCGUAAGCAGCAAGGUCUCAAAGCCUUCACCGUGAUGUCGUGCGAUAAUAUGCAGAAGAACGGCGCCAUCACUCGCCACAUGUUGCAGUCAUUUGCCCGGCUGCGCGACCCUGAGUUCGCGGACUGGAUUGCAAAGGAAGCCCACUUCCCGAACGCUAUGGUUGAUCGUAUCACUCCGCAGACCGCACCGAAUGAUAAGGUCACCCUUGCACAGGACUUCGGUAUUGAGGACUCAUGGCCGGUGGUCACCGAGCCUUUCAUGCAGUGGGUCAUCGAGGAUCACUUCUCAGAUGGUCGCCCUCCAUUUGAAAAGGUCGGUGUCCAGGUGGUGACCAAUGUCCACGACGUCGAGCAAUUCGAAAAGCAUAAACUCCGCUUGCUCAACGGAAGUCACUCCGCGAUCGGCUACCCAGGCCAGCUGGCAGGCUUUAAAUACGUCCAUGAGGUGAUGGAGCACCCAGUCUUCAGCAAGUUUGUCUGGCAGAUGAUGCAAGAAGAGGCUAAGCCCAACUUGCCUGAAAUUCCCGGCGUCAACAUUGAUGAGUACUGUAAAACUCUCGUCGAGCGCUUUGCCAACCCCACAAUAAUGGACCAGCUGCCACGUGUCUGUCUGAAUGCCUCAGGAAAGGUCCCGCAAUUUAUUAUGCCCUCGAUCGCCGAGGCGAUCUGGGUCACGGGCCCCUUCCGCCGCCUGUGCUUCGUUGCCGCUGCUUGGUUCCAUUAUAUCAAGGGUGUCGACGACAACGGAAAUACCUUCCAUGUCGAGGACCCAAUGGUUGAUGAGCUCAAGGCCAAGGCACAUGCCGGAGGUACCAACCCAGCUGAGCUCCUCAGCAUUAAGAACUUGUUCGGUGACGAUUUGCGCGGCGAUAAGCGUUUCAUCCAGGAGAUGACCAUUGCGAUGGAGGAUAUCGCCCGGGACGGCAUUUUGAAGACUCUACCCAAGUACGUGGAUUAA